AUGGCAGGAAAGCCUCUCCGUCUGGCCAUGAACGUAGGCAAAACCUUGGCUCUUAGUCAUGUCAUGAUGGAAUAUGGCUUCUUCAUGGGCCCAGCAUCGGGACCGUCCAUGCUUCCAACAUUUCAAGUGGCAGGCGAAUCAAUUCUAGUCGAUCAUCGUUAUCGUUACGGUCGCAACGUACUUGUUGGCGAUUUAGUUCACUUCAAGAUUCCAAUCUUCCCAGAAUCCGAUGGCAUCAAACGCGUGAUAGGUAUGCCUGGCGACUACGUUAUGCUAGGCAGCCCUGAUGCAGAGAAGCAGAAGAUGAUACAGGUUCCUCAGGGUCAUUGCUGGGUUGUGGGUGAUAAUCUCGAAGCAUCGAGAGAUUCGCGAUUGUAUGGCCCAGUGCCUUUGGCUCUGAUCAGGGGAAAAGCUGUCAAUAAGCCAUGGUGGCUAUCGCUUCUCUCCCCUGGAGGGACAGCUGAGAACGGGCUUCGCGAUGUCUAA